CUGUUUUUGAACUUGCUGUUCUUCAGAGGGUAAAGCAUACCCAGUCUGAAAGGCAUGAAGAACGCUUUGAAUUUUUUUUAAGCCAUCUGACAGCCAAGCCGGUUUCACUUUAUUUCUUUAUUUCUGGAUCGUUUCAUCCACCGGAUAUAACCUUUGUCCCCAAACACCACAUUCACUUUACACAAACUUGUUGACCUCACACCCAAGUCAGCUUUUCUUGAACCUUCAUCUGAACAAAUAAACAUUCCUUGUGAUCUGCGGAUAUCCCGAGCGGCGUCAGGAAGGGCUGGCAAGGACCAUGCUGGCUCAGCUAGCCCACCAACAAGCGACUGAUUCGGUUUCCUCUUUCUUCUCUGAUUUUAAGAAGUGAGGCAAAAAGCCAAUUCCUGUUAAUUUCUUAGACAAUGCAAGGGGCUCUAGACUCCGUUCCAGGAAGCUGAUUCCUUGGAGGCUCCGCAGGAGGCCCGGAGGGGCCACGCUGCCUAUCGCCUCCUGGCUGUGCUAGCUCUUCAAUGCCCUGAAGGUCUGAGGCUGCAGAGGACGGGGGCACCGAGUGUCUCGCUAACUGGGCCAGGCAGUGACGCGGGACGGGCAGCCCUCCCACCCCAGGGGCACUGACACCCGGGCACCCGCGCGGGUCUCUGCAUCCUCCAGCUCCGCUGCUGCGCGCUCCAAGCGUUCCACGAUGACUCCCGGCCGGGCAGUGGCCGGGUGGUUGCUCCUGGCGGCCACCAGCCUGGGACACCCUGCGGAGGGGCCGGAGCUAGCGUUCAGCGAGGACGUGCUGAGCGUGUUCGGCGCCAACCGGAGCCUAUCGGCGGAGCAGCUGGGGCGCCUGCUGGAGCGGUUGGGGGCUGCAGCCCACCAGGGAGCGCUGGAGCUGGGACAGCUGCACUUCAACCAGGUAAGGGGCAGCCCCGUGGUCCACGAUUUCCAUCCCCAGAGCAGCCUUUUCUAGGAGGAAGAAGCGCCA